CAACAUCCGGCAACAUACUUCCUCUUUCAUCCAACUGCCACUUUGUUGAAAUAUGUGGUAACGUGUGGUGCUGAAUUUCCUCUGGUUCAGCGCUGAUCAGUUUUAGCCAAGAAAUUGAUUAUCUCGACCAGGAAUUUAGUAGCUGUUAAAUAUGUCUUUCAGCAAGGAUCUAGAAAAACCAGGGACUGAAGCAGCGCUGAUUCAUCGAAUCCGCAUUACUUUGACUUCACGAAAUGUGAGGAGUUUGGAAAAAGUUUGUGCCGAUUUGAUCAACGGAGCAAAGAAACAAAAUCUUCGUGUGAAGGGUCCUGUCCGAAUGCCAACAAAGAUCCUGCGCAUUACAACACGUAAAACUCCUUGUGGUGAAGGUUCAAAAACUUGGGAUCGUUUUCAGAUGAGGAUUCACAAGAGAGUUAUAGAUCUUCACAGUCCUUCUGAGAUUGUGAAGCAGAUUACAUCUAUCAGCAUUGAGCCUGGAGUGGAGGUAGAGGUGACAAUUGCAGAUGCAUGAGGUGCUUUGUAAUAAAGAAAUGAUGAACAUGUAAUUAAAGAUAAUUCAGUACUUCAUUUUUCCA